AUGGCUAAGGGACCUCCAGGAGAGAAGCAGGUUGGGGUCUCACAAGGAAGAGAAUUACAUGUGAUGGCUAAGGGACCUCCAGGAGAGAAGCAGGUUGGGGUCUCACGAGGAAGAGAAUUACAUGUGAUGGCUAAGGGACCUCCAGGAGAGAAGCAGGUUGGGGUCUCACGAGGAAGAGAAUUACAUGUGAUGGCUAAGGGACCUCCAGGAGAGAAGCAGGUUGGGGUCUCACGAGGAAGAGAAUUACAUGUGAUGGCUAAGGGACCUCCAGGAGAGAAGCAGGUUGGGGUCUCACGAGGAAGAGAAUUACAUGUGAUGGCUAAGGGACCUCCAGGAGAGAAGCAGGUUCGGGUCUCACGAGGAAGAGAAUUACAUGUGAUGGCUAAGAGACCUCCAGGAGAGAAGCAGGUUGGGGUCUCACGAGGAAGAGAAUUACAUGUGAUGGCUAAGGGACCUCCAGGAGAGAAGCAGGUUGGGGUCUCACGAGGAAGAGAAUUACAUGUGAUGGCUAAGAGACCUCCAGGAGAGAAGCAGGUUGGGGUCUCACGAGGAAGAGAAUUACAUGUGAUGGCUAAGGGACCUCCAGGAGAGAAGCAGGUUGGGGUCUCACGAGGAAGAGAAUUACAUGUGAUGGCUAAGGGACCUCCAGGAGAGAAGCAGGUUGGGGUCUCACGAGGAAGAGAAUUACAUGUGAUGGCUAAGGGACCUCCAGGAGAGAAGCAGGUUGGGGUCUCACGAGGAAGAGAAUUACAUGUGAUGGCUAAGGGACCUCCAGGAGAGAAGCAGGUUGGGGUCUCACGAGGAAGAGAAUUACAUGUGAUGGCUAAGGGACCUCCAGGAGAGAAGCAGGUUGGGGUCUCACGAGGAAGAGAAUUACAUGUGAUGGCUAAGGGACCUCCAGGAGAGAAGCAGGUUGGGGUCUCACGAGGAAGAGAAUUACAUGUGAUGGCUAAGGGACCUCCAGGAGAGAAGCAGGUUGGGGUCUCACGAGGAAGAGAAUUACAUGUGAUGGCUAAGGGACCUCCAGGAGAGAAGCAGGUUGGGGUCUCACGAGGAAGAGAAUUACAUGUGAUGGCUAAGGGACCUCCAGGAGAGAAGCAGGUUGGGGUCUCACGAGGAAGAGAAUUACAUGUGAUGGCUUAG